UACACGUCAAACCGCGCGGAAUAUGCAAUAGAUGGACAGAAAAUAGGACGAGUAAAAUAAUGUUCAGUUCAGUUUUAAAACGCUGUUAUGGUCAAACUAAUGUAAAUAAAGAAAACCUAUGGGGAUCAAUUGAUGUGUCUAGUAUAUUAGAGAGUUUUCAAGGAAGAGCAAGAGAAGAAUAUAUCUUAGCAUCAGAAGAAGAUGGAGGAACAGUUCCUCCUCUUGCUUGCAGUUUCUGUAAAGUGAAAUCUACAGCUGGUCAUAUUUUAGCAUUAGUUGAUGAAAAUGGUUAUUUAGUUCUUCAUGAUACAACUAAAUCUGGUCCAGAUGCCAUUCUUAAAGAAUGGCAAGCUCACAGUAAUGCUGUGUUUGAUAUUGCUUGGAUGGAGAAAGAAGAGAAAUUGUUAACUGGUUCGGGUGAUCAGACAGCUGUAUUAUGGGAUGCUGCUACAUCUAAAAAAUUAGAAACCUUUAAAGGUCAUACAAGUAGUAUCAGAUCAGUAGCAUUUAGAAAAUUUGAUGAUUCUGUUUUAGCUACUGGCUCUAGAGAUGGACAUAUCAUGUUAUGGGAUAGAAGAUGUAAUCAAAAAGAUGGAUCAAUUCCUCCAAUCAAUACUAUUAAAAAUGCUCAUGUUAUUUCAACCACAAAACAACGUAAAAGAAACAGACUUGGUCCAGCUCUGGAUAGUCAACAGAGUGUAACUGUAGUAUCAUUUCAAUCUGAUAAUCUCUUAAUAUCAGCUGGUGCUGUUGAUGGGUUUGUAAAGGUUUGGGAUUUGAGGAAGAAUUAUACCAUGUCAAGUGAACCAAUAGCUAGCUAUGUUUUCCCGUAUGCUGGAAAUUGUCAAAGAAAACAUGGUUAUUCCUGUUUAACAUUAGAUUCAUAUAAUAGUAGAUUAUAUGCCAGUUGUACAGAUGAUGUUAUUUAUGUUUAUGAUUUGAUGUCAUAUAAUCCAUUACCAGUUAAAACUAUUCGAGGACAUAAAAAUACAACAUUUUAUAUUAAAACUUGUAUGAGUCCUGAUGAUAAAUUUUUAGUAAGUGGUUCAAGUGAUGAUAUGGCCUAUAUCUGGCAAGUUGAUAAGCCGUGUAAUUCACCAGUUAUAUUAAAGGGUCACAAUGCUGAAGUUACAUGUGUUUCAUGGUGUAGACAAGAUAUGACCAAGAUAGCAACAGUGUCAGAUGAUAAUACAAUGAGAAUAUGGCGGGUAAAUAGAGGGGGUGAUAAAACACCUGCUCCAGGGGAGGUCACUGGAAUAGCAGAACUCACACAUAGAGAAAUUGGAACAUCAACCAUUAGAGUAAAACCAACUGUCAGUCAUCCUAUAAUCACAACACUAGCUGCUUCACCAGCUCGAAAGAAAAUAACCAAGCAAGUCAGUGAUCCAACACCAACAAAAUCACCAUCUUUAAAAUCCUGGUUAUCAGGUCUGGCAACUCCAGGUGGUGAUUCUCCUAAAAACUCAUCUCAAAAGGCAAAAAGUCCAAAACUGAAAACCGAAAUGCAAUCAAGGAGGAGUUCAUUUAGUUUGUUUUCUUCUGUUUCUAAAACUUGUGUAAAUUCUCAACCUGAAAAUUUGAAAGAUAUAAGUAAUGUGGACCCAAAUACAACCAGUGUUAAGAAACCUGUAGUGCCAUUUUCGAGCCAGUGUAAAGAAAAUUUCAAAGAAUCAGGUUUAAAUAAUUGCGAUUUGAACAAUGUGGCACUUCCUCCGUUAUUAACAACACCGCAAAAAUCUUCUUUAAAACGUAAACUAGACACUGAAGAUGAUGAAUCUGAAAAUCCUGCAAAGCGUUCAAAUAUUCUUCAAGAAAGUAGUAUUGUUAAUUCUGAUGAAAAACUUCCUCCGGCAUGUUUAGACUCUUGUAAAAAGAAUGAAAUGACCCCAAAAUACUCACCAACACAAAAUUUACCCAACAUUGUGAUAGAUGAAGUAGAGGGUAGAAGUCCAGUCGUACCCUAUCGAGGUAAUAAAGAGAACUGUCAGAGUCGUAAAAAGUUAGAUUGGUUGACGAAGAUAAGGCUUCAUCGUGAUGGACAUGAAGGAACUUGUUUGUUGAGUCCUGGUAAAUCACAAGUUUCAUCAAGUGAUGAAUUUUCUAGUCAAAAUAGUGAUAGUGCUUCUCCUGUUCGACCAAAGACACCAUUAAGAGGGAAAAAUUCUAUUGUGCAUUACUUUCAAAGGAACAGAAUUCCCAACUGAUAUAUGUAUGUGAAUUUCAAAGACUCUUCUAUAUCUUUUUGUAGUAUACCAAUGCAAUACAAUAUAUUUUACGUAUAUAUUUUUGAUAUUACUGAAGACCGACAUUGAUCCGUCUUUUUGAGUUCAACAAUUGUUAAGGUUAUUUUAAUGAGUAUUUUUAUACUCAUCCAUUUUUUCGUCUUGUCUGGAAAAAUGUUUAUUUUGUUUUAUUUGGAUACCGGUGGAAUUACUACUUAAACUACAAUACUGUGAAAGAUCAAUCUGAAUGAAUCCAAGCUGGGAGGUUAUUUGCGUUUUUAUUUUAAUAAAUCUGAAUAAAUUUAGAUGUGGAUUAAGCCGUCCAAAAUUUAAUUUUGGGGGGCAAAAAAAUGCAAAUGACACAUGGUAACUUUAAAAAAAAAUUAUCAAUUGAAGGCAUGUUAUUUUUGGAGGUUAUUACCCCAAUACUGGCCGAGGUUUUAUAAUGUUGGCUUUACAAAGCUAUUUUCGUUUAGUGGAACUCAAAAUAUAAUUGUAAAAUAACAAUAUAUUGAUUAUAUCUUUUAAUGUACAAGAUUAACAUGCAAUAAAAAUAAUGAUAUACAUGGAUUCA